AUGGAAAAGCCGUCUGUUCAGGUGAAGCGCGCUCGGAAGAACGCUCGUUCGCGGUACAAUAGACGAUCUAAUCGGAUUCUCGAGCAAUCCGACGAAAUCGGGAGGCUUUUCAGCUGCAAGGUGUAUCUCCUGAUCCGCGGACCGGAUAGGGGUGCCAUCAUCUACAGCAACUGCGAAGCCAACUGGCCACCUCUGUCGAGUUCACCAGAGCCCACUGAGUUUCACAGCUGCUCGGAUAUGCUUCAUAAAACACCACUUGGUAAGACAGACUUGGGACAUCCAGUGUCCAAGUUCCAGAGGAAGAAGUCUCGGAUCUUAUCUUCCGCCGAUGACUUCUGCAGGAAUUUCGGGGUGAGGGUUUACCUCGCUGUCCAGUGCCAAACCGGGUAUACAAUUGUGUACAAUAGUAGCUCUUCACGAUACUGGCCGCCAUCUGUGAGGCAACUUGUUAGUGAAUGA